CGUGCUUAUUAAUCCCCCAUCUUGCGCUCGAGGGAGGGAGCGUUCCACUGAGCGGGGUCUUUGUUUUUGUCGUCGCACCCCACGCAGGCACACGCCCUCCUUUCCAGUCGGGUUCAGGGUCUGAGACGAGGCUUUCACGUCUUCAUGGUUCUUAGCUUUGCUGGACCAGCGUUCGGUUGAAUCGGAGCUCGGAGGACUGUCUAUAUCACACACACACACACACACACACACACACACGCACACACGCACUCACACACACUCUGCGUUCUCCACACACCCGGCUCAGAGGAGCUUACCAGACGUUCCACAGAAAGCGUGUCGAGUGCAGACGGAAGAAUCUGAGCCACAAUGGAGGACAACAUGGAAGAGGGACAGACGCAGAAAGGCUGCUCCGAGUGCUGCAUUAAAUGCCUGAGUGGGAUUCCCUACGCCUCCCUGAUCGCCACCAUCCUGCUGUACGCCGGCGUGGCGCUCUUCUGUGGCUGUGGACAUGAAGCUCUCUCCGGAACCGUCACCAUUCUGCAGAACUACUUCGAAGUGGUCCAGACAUCAGCCGAGACCCUGGACGUCUUCACCAUGAUUGAUAUUCUGAAGUAUGUGAUUUAUGGAAUCGCCGCCGCCUUCUUCGUGUACGGGAUCCUGCUGAUGGUGGAGGGAUUCUUCACCACCGGCGCCAUCAGGGAUCUGUACGGAGACUUCAAGAUCACCACCUGCGGCCGCUGUGUCAGCGCCUGGUUCAUCAUGUUGACCUACAUCUUCAUGCUGGCCUGGCUGGGAGUGACGGUCAUCACCUCUCUACCCGUCUUCAUGUACUUCAACAUCAGGAACACCUGCCUAAACUCAACCGCUCUAGAGGGGGUCAACAUGUGCUUCGACCUGCGCCAGUUCGGAAUUGUGACCACUACUGAAGAUAAGAAAAUCUGUACAGGCACAGAUAAAUUCCUGACUUUCUGCAAUUCCGCUGAGCUGGACCUGACGUUCCACUUGUUUGUUUGCGCUCUGGCGGGGGCAGGAGCGGCCGUCAUUGCCAUGGUGGCGUCUGGGGUCGUCGUCAUUUAUAAUUACAUCACGCUGGGCAAAAUGAUUGAGGAGAUGGAAAGGGCGUUGUACUCACUCACAUCAACAGAUGAGCGCCUGACCCGUCACCCCCACCCAAAUACUGAGCCUAGAACCAAAUCUCCUCCACGACACACUAAAAGGACCAGACUCCAGAUCAUAUGAAUUGAUGAAUUUCCAUUUUAAAGAUAUAAGCGUCUGAAGAAAACCCUCAACAUGACUAAAGAGUGUGUGUUUUUAACCAUGACAGUAACUUACUCUUUCUGAGUCAUAUAACUACACUGCUUUCUCCUUGGCACACUAUAUGGCCAAAGGUAUUUGGGCACCUGACCACGAGCUUGGUGGACACCCUGUUUUAAAAACAAAUGCUAAUAAUAAAAUAGAGUGCCGCUCAGGUGGCGCAGCGGUAAAAACACGCUGGAACCAGAGCUGGGAUCUCGAAUACAUCAUAUCAAAUCCCAGCUCUGCCUGCCGGCUGAGGCUGAGCGGCCACAUGAACAACAAUUGGCCUGUUGUUCAGAUGGGCGGGACUAAGCCGGAUGGGGUCUCUCUCUCAUGACUGGUGCAAUUAGGACUCUGUGCAGGCUGAUUGAUGGCGCCUGCACAGAGAUGAGAAAAGAGUGCGUUGAUCAGGGUGUGUCUCUCCGUACCCAGUGCUGAGCUGCACUGCACUCGUCAAAGUGCAUGUGUUAAGAUGCAUAGGGCAUGCUGUUGGAGGGGGCGUGGGUUAGCUUCGUUCUCCUCAAUCAGAGCAGGAAUCGGCAUUGGUGGAGAGGAAGCGUGACGCAAACGGGCAAUUGGACACGCUAAAAAAGGGAGAAAAUGCAUAAAAAAUAAAAAUAAAUAAUAAUGAUAAUAAUAAAAUAGAGUGACCUCUGUGUGAUCUUGUCAGCUAUAACAACAGCCACAAGGAAAUUCUCACAAGACUCUCAAAUAUUUCUGUGGGAUUUUGUGCCCAUUCAGUCAAAAGAUGACAGCAUUUGCAUAGCUGGGCACUAACAUUGGUCAAGAUUGAUAAGGUCAGGGCUCAGAGCUUUUCUUCCUGUCUUUAUAGGUCUUGCUUUGUGGACAGGGGUUCGCGAGGACCUUGCAUAAACUGUUGCUGCAAAGCUGGAAGCACAUAAGUUCCUUUAUAUAAUUAAUUAUAAUAUAAUAUAAUAUAAUUAUAAUUUAUUACACCUGUUAGCAACUGUUGUGGCUUAAACACAUGAAUUCAAAAAUUAGAAGGGGUGUCCCAAUACUUUUGUCCGUAUAGUGUAAUCUUAUUAUAAUGAUCUAAUCCAGGUUUUCUUUUUCCAGCCAGUGGCUGAGUCAGAACAAGAUUAAUUAUUAUUAAUAAUAUUAGUUUGGUAAAUUAUCAUUAUUAAUAUUGAAAUGUGACAUUAUUUAGCUAACAGUGAAUGGAAUAAUAAAGUCUUUACAUUAACACACUGCAGUGAAAAGCUAAUAAAGCAUGUAAUGGGGUUGUUAGUCACUGGCCAAAAAAAGCUUGCAAAUUCCUGCACUAAUGGGUUUAGUGGUAUUUAGUGGUUGUGAUAAUGGGAGAUUUGUAACUGUGAUGGAACUAUAUUGUGUUUUUUUAAGUAAAAGUGACAGAAGUUGAUUCGUUAGCUUAGCAAACAUCGCUAGCGGUUGCCGCUAUGGACUACAACUCCUCCGCCGGCUCAUUAGAAUGUAUUGUGGCGCCGGCGAGCAGGAAGGCGAGCGUCGGGACCUCGAGUGAGCUGCCCUUGGCAGAUCUCUCAGUGGUUUAGGACGUACACUCAUUCAUGCACACAUACAUCCAUACAACAAACAAUCAUAUAAGCUACCUAUCCAGCUCUCACCGCAGCCACCCAGUCUGCCACACUGGGAUACACGCUGACGGUAAGCCUGGAUACCACGGCUCCUCCCACUGACGCUACAGUAUAGAGACCGCUGUGGACUACAUUACCCAGAAACCUGCUGAGAGUCACGUGCCUUUUAGCCCCUCACUCCACCAAUCAGGACACAAUUCUCUGUUUAUCGUGACCCAGAGCCGUAGAUAGAGAGAGUUGCGACACUCCUUGAUCUCGCCGCUACGCGGUCACGUGGUUCAUGUAACCCUCAAUAGUUCCAAACAAACCCGGCGCUGUCAUGUUCUCAAAUGGGACAGGCAGCAGUAAAUGAAAUAUUAAACGGCAAAUAAUAAACAUUUGUACAAUUUCUGGGUAUUUUCAA